UGAAUGUAAUCUUUUCUGAAUAGGAGCAGGCAGUGAGGCGCAAAAAGCUCACGGUGUUUAACUGUUUAUAGACACUAAACACAGACCAGCAAAGAGGGGGCUAGGGCCUGGCUAGUGAUGAAGAGGAGGAGGAAUAAGAAGAGUUUCCCGAGGCUUGCUGCCUGCCGAGACCCGCACCCGAGGCCGCCUUUUCCUACACCCUGCAAAUUCUCCCCCGACCCGGCCCGGCUCUGGCGGGGGGCGGGGGGGACGGCUAAACCCCCGGCCGCCGCCGGCUGGGUGCCCCCCGCGCCGGGCCGAGCUGCGGCGGCGCGGCUGGGCGGGCGCCCGCCCUCCCCGCUCCCGCAUUCAACUGAUAUCUCAGUAAGCUUGCUCUCCUUAGUUGUCACAGCCUGUGGUCUUGCUCUCUUUGGUGUGUCCCUGUUCGUGUCCUGGAAGCUUUGCUGGAUCCCUUGGCGAGAGCGUGGCCUGCCAUUUGGGAACAAAGACAACAAACAGGAAUCCCUGAACUACACAGAUACAGAGACCAAUGACCAUGAAUACAGUGACGAUUUCCUGGGUCAGCCAACAACCUAUCCAGAGUCCUCCAUGAAGAUCAGCCACACCUCCCCUGAUAUUCCCUUAGAUGCUCAAACUGGAAUGAAGGAGAACUGCGUACACAAUGCGCGAAUGCAUCGCCAGACCACUGAACCAACCUCUUCUGCUCGGCAUAAUUCAAUCCGGAGACAGCUCAACCUCUCCAACCCCGACUUCAACAUCCAGCAGGUUCAGAAACAGGAGCAACUGACAGGAAUUGGCCGCAUUAAGCCAGAGCUAUAUAAACAAAGAUCACUGGACACGGAUGAUGGACGGAGGAGUAAUAGCAAGGCAUGUGGAAAACUGAACUUUAUUCUGAAAUAUGACUGUGAUUUAGAGCAGCUGAUAGUGAAGAUACACAAGGCCAUCAACCUGCCAGCAAAGGACUUCUCUGGAACUUCAGAUCCAUAUGUGAAGAUAUAUCUGCUUCCUGACAGGAAAACAAAACACCAGACUAAAGUGCACAGAAAAACCCUAAAUCCAGUAUUUGAUGAAGUUUUUUUAUUUACUGUCCCAUACAAUGAUCUGAAUGCAAGGAAACUCCAUUUCUCUGUGUAUGACUUUGACAGAUUCUCCAGGCAUGACUUGAUUGGCCAAGUGAUAGUGGAUAAUUUUUUAGAUUUGGCAGAUUUUCCCAGGGAAUGUAAUAUUUGGAAGGAUAUUGAAUAUGUCACCAAUGAUAACGUCGAUCUUGGUGACCUGAUGUUUUCACUCUGCUACCUUCCAACAGCUGGUAGACUAACUAUUACAAUAAUAAAGGCAAGAAAUUUAAAGGCAAUGGAUAUCACAGGAGCAUCAGAUCCCUACGUGAAGGUUUCUUUAAUGUGUGAAGGAAGGCGACUAAAGAAAAGAAAAACUUCCACCAAGAGGAAUACCCUUAAUCCCGUUUACAAUGAAGCCAUAGUCUUUGACGUCCCUCCAGAAAACAUUGACCAAAUUAACUUGUCGAUAGCUGUUAUGGAUUAUGACCGUGUAGGUCACAAUGAGGUCAUUGGAGUAUGUCAAGUAGGCAACGAUGCAGAAAGUCUAGGUCGUGACCACUGGAAUGAAAUGCUCUCAUACCCACGGAAACCCAUCGCUCACUGGCAUCCUCUUGCAGAGGGCCCUAUUCAGCAGAAAUGUUAUGCAGGUCUUCUGCGCUUGGAUGACUGCCGAAGAGGCUUCCUCACCCUUUUAACCUAUUCAGCAGAAAUUUGGCAUUCCUGUUGAACUCUUUCUUAGCCAUAUCCUCAGGGGCUAUUCCACAGAGUCCAGUGGGCUUAAAAGCAACAAACGAUAAAGGGGAAGGGAGAAAGAGGACUGGAAAUUCAGUUGAAGAGUCUGUUUGACCCAGUUAGAAAUCUAUCAAAUUAAAUUACUCUUAAUGUAUUUUGAGUUCAUUUGAACAGAAAGAAGAAAAAACAUACUAGGUAACUCAGCCUGAAUUGUCAUCAAUAAAAUGUUUUCUUCCCUUUAGAACAGUGCGUUGUCAAACAAUUACAUCUCAGUAUCAAGCAAGAAAACAGUGGCUUUCUCAUCUAAAAGGAAAAAAAGCAUGUAGAGAAAGCAAUCCACAACUUUGUAGAAUUGAUAGAAACCCUCUGUGCUGGGGGAAAUCGGAGCAGGACAGACUCUGUAACAACUCCACUUUGAUUCUUGCUGUACUUAGUGCAAGGUCUUGCUUGCAACCAUAAUUCUGUUUGGAAGUGACAGCUUUAUGAUACAUGAACUAAGCUGUGCAAGGUGUUUGGGCACUGUGCAUUCAGGGAUGAGCUGCACGUAGAGUUAGUAUCUGAUACAGUGGGUUGGGCAAGGAACUACAGCUGGGAGUACUCCAGGGUCCUGCGGUUCUCUGAAAGGACUUCCACCUCCUUGAAGGCCCGUAAAAUGCACUAACCCAGAGGGCAGAGAUGGACGCUACUCAGGAAAGGUAUCGUCAGGACAAACUCAACUGCUGACCGAACACUGCACGCAUGGCACAGAAGGGAAGAUGAUGUGAGAACUUGUAAACAUCUGGGUUGUUUGAUUAUUUUGUGUGGGUUUUUUAGUUCGUCCUUCCUUUUCUCAGAUGUAGACACUGUAAAACUGAAAUGUUUUACUCCGUUGCAUGCUGGCCAACUGUCAUUUUUAAUACCCCUUGCAAAGAUGCACAAAAAGAGCUGUGUUGUUUUGGUAUACUUUCAUUUUCAAUAACACAUGAACAUUGUGCUAUUCUUUAUUAUUUCUUGUUCGGUAAAUAGUCCUGGUAUCUCUAUGUUUCAUGUCUAUUUUUGGAGAGUAGAGCUGUACCUGUAUCAAGGCUCUCUCAACUAGGUGGGCAUUUUGUUUUAGUAGAAAUAAUGCAUGAUUCCUUUCACAGUGAUGGUUUGAGGGAAAAAAAAUCUUAAUUUUAUAAUAUGUAUUACAAUCUUCUAAACACAAGUAAAAAUGUACUGUGAUUUAUUUAUAUAAAUCUAGUCGGAACAAGUAAUUUUGAUCUUAAUAAAAACUCUGUAAGAAACUGUGCAA